UUUGUUGGACCCACACACCGCUUGGCUACCUUAUCUGUUCAGUGUUCAGUCACCCAUGCGAUGCACUCUCCUCCACUCCUUUUUCUUCGGCCUUGUGCUACUAGUUCUUAUCUCUAACUGCAUCGCCGGCCGGCGGAGCGGCACACAACUCUCAUCAACUCUCAUCCCCCACUGAAAACCAUUGUUUCUCACCGAUGCGAGAGUCGCCCCGGAUUUGUGGUGAGCCAGCCAUGGCGGCGCCCACGUUGGCUACUGCGAGCCACCAGCGUGGCCGCACAACUCCGCUUCCUCGUUCUGGAGUUAGUGCUGCCACCGCCGGCGAUGAGGCGGACCAUCUUUUCGUGCUGCAAUCAGCUGCGCCCUUUGACGGCGGAGUUGCAUCCAUGCACGACGGAGCUGCAACCAGCGUUUUCGGGAGGUACAAGGUUUUUUGGGGGGCUGAGAUGUGUCUUCGCUGGAAUACAGCGGUGCAGGUCGACGACGGCGACGAACCAGAGGGCGGCGACGUCGCGCGCACGGCUUGGUGGACCACGGCGGACCAGGACGGCAAUCGUUUUUUGCUGGGAGGACGCAUCACCAGCGAGGAUGUGACCCGUGCGGGGAUAAAACGAGUGUUGACCAGAUCUGACGGUUGGGGAAUAUUAAUUUGACGGCUCUCGUGCGACCGGCCGAACUAUUGGGCCGGUGCGCCGGCGCCUAUCAGUCCCCUUUAAAUAAAGAACAUUGCUUUAGCUA